AUGGAAUUUGUAGAUAAAAUACUAAACAUAAUUAAUGAACCAUGUAAUGAUAAUAAUGAACAAUGUAAACUGCAGCUUUUUAGAAAAUUGGAUGCCGAGGUAGCUAAUAUGAAUUGUGGAACAUUUGGUUGUUCAUACUACAGUCAUAUGGACCUGAAUGUUAGUCAUGAAUUUAAAAAAUUUUAUUCAUAUAUUUAUAAUAAUUCAUAUAAGGUAGACGAAUACAAUGACAAUGUAUGUGCUUGUUUUAUUGCAUGGAUAAACAAAAAAAAAAAUGAUUUAACAAAUGUUGAUAUGGUAUUAUGGGAAAAAGAUAUGACAACACUCUUUAAUUACAUAAAAAGUACAUCUCCUGGUUCACCACAUGAUAAUUUUUGUAAAUUGAAUUAUGCUCAAUCUGAAUGUAAAUUAUCAAAAAAAUUACAGAGGACUUCAUUGGAUAUAGAAGCAUUACAUACAGAAAUACAUGCAUUAAUUCCAAGAAAUCUUACCACUUCAUUUAUUUCAAUGAAAUAUGUUUUUACUUUUUGCUUCCUACUAUUCAUAACAGUGCUUUUUACAUUUAUUUUUCUAAUGAAUUUCGGUAAAAUCCAGAAAUUUUUAUAUAAUAAAUGCAAUAUGAAAUUUUUAAUAUGGAAGUAUACUAAAAAUACACACCCUUAUGGAAAUUAUGAUGAAUUUCCACGUUCUUCAGAAAACGAAAGAUUUAAUAUUCAUUACCUUUCAGAAAAUAAUUUUUAA